AUGCAACUAAUCUCUUUUGUUCUCGGGGCAUUGGCCCUCACUGAUCUGUCGCUGGGCGCCCAGCACAGCUACUCUGUCGGAAGUCUCGCUAGUCGAGCGAGCGCAAUGAUUGGCUUGAGAGAGGCCGCCGAGGGUUCCGAAGGAAAGCGAUCUAUCUGGACCUCGAUGGUGCUUCCAAAGAUGGUGGUCAAGAGUGACCAGUCGGUUGAAUACGUCAAGAGACAAUUGAGCAUCGGCAAUGGCGGAAUCUCCAUUGGAGGACCAGGUGGACUUACUCUCGGUGGCGGUCAACGAAGCGGGAACCAGGCUGGCGAGGGCGCUCAAGCUGGUACCAACAAGACGGCCGAAGGCAUCGCAGCUCUGGAAAGCGCCAGGAACAAUACAGGAGGCGGCUUGACGAUUGGCGGUCUUACUCUUGGAGGACCUGGCGGUGGCAUCACGUCAAACAACAAUGGCCAGAAAGGAGGAGAACAGGCAGCCGCUCAACCUGCCGAGGGUGCGGCUGCGACUCCCGCUGAAGAACAACCAGCUGCUACUGCGCCUGCCGAAGGCCAAGCUGCCCCUACCGGUGAGGCGGCCCAGAAAGCCGGAGAAGUUGGCGCUGUGAAGGAAUCGGAACAAUUCGACGGCAACGCUGGCAUCACGACGGACAAGAACGGCAACGCGGUCAACCUCGGCGGGGAUCUAGGCAUCACCAAGGGCUCGGACGGAAGUACUUCAGUGGGAGGCGAGGCAGGCAUCAACAUCAUUGCUCGCGCCGUCGGUGCCGCGCCCGCUUCGCCGCCGGCUAUCAAGCCAUUGGAGGCCCCGGCCGUGCCCUCAUUGCCCGCGGCACCAGCUGCUCUAGCCGUACCGUCACUCCCGGCUCAGCCUGGGGCCGCAAAAGAAGCCCCCGCGCCUAUUGCUGUCGUGAGCGUACCAGCUCCUCCCAAGGCUUUGCCCAGUGCGCCAGCUCCAGCCGCCAUUGAGGCUGUCCCGGCACUCCCCUCGGUCUUGCCGGCGUCGCCUGCGCAAGUAGAGGCGCCUGCAUCUCCGGCUUUGGCACCGGCUACGCCUUCAGCCCCGGUGUCCGAAAUACCUGACUUUGUGCCCGGAACAUCGCCUAGUGCUUGA